AUGCGCGAAGGAGGGCGCGGAGGACGAGGACGCGGAGAGGCGUCGCGUCAAUCGCGUCGUGCGGCAGGGCUGCCACCCGAGGAGCAACCGAGCCUAGAAGAGUCGGCAUCCGAGCCGGCCGUCCCAGAUGACGCGCACCAAGCGUCGAAGGACGGCGAGCCCGAACGUGCUGACGCGGGCGAGGAGUCGAAGACCGCAGAGGGGGGUCCCGGUCAGGGUGAACCCAACCAGGCGUCAGAGGGAGGCGCCGACGUGGAUGAGCCCCAGGCGGAGGGUCGAGUUUCGGACUCCUCUCUGCCUGGCCAAGAUGUGCAGCCGGACGCGCAAGUGUCCGCCGAACCCAAGCCGACGCCGUCUGCCGAGGAGGAGAAGCCGGCCGCAGUUCCUGUGAAGGCGGUGACCCCGGCCGCUGAUGCCCAACCGGAGACCCAGCUCUCGGUGAAGGCCAGCCGGGGUAACCCGCCGACGGAGUUGCCGGCCGAGCACCCAAGUGUCCAAGCGGCGAAGACGUACGCGGCGCUGCAGGCUUCCCGGUGGGAGAGAGCCCGGUCUGGGCUCACGCUUCCGCCGAACGUGGAGUACGCCUGGCCAGAGUCCCGCCCGGACUCCGUGCUGUGGUUGACCGCAACAAUUGUGACGUCCAAGUACCUGGCGUCCAAGGUGGCCUCGCAGGACCCGGCCGAAGGUUGGUUGGCCGACCUGGCACCCAGCCGCCGAGACUUGUCGACUACCCAGGACCUGGCCGGAGUCCAGAUCCCAACCGGGUUGCUGGACUCGCGGGAGUGCGUUGCGGUUCUGCAGACGCUCCUGUUCGAGGCCGGUUUCCAAUUCGUCAACGUGGUGCCGGCCUGGGUGGAGAUGCGAGUGUCCAAGGUGGAGCCGAUGUCCAUCCGGACCCUGGUCGGAGACGUCCAGCGACUGCUUGCGGUCGAGCUCAUCGAGUGGCGCGAGCUGGUCGUCGGAGCGACGUUCAAGAUCCUGCCAGCAUUGGAGGCCCAAGCGAAGACAGAGAAGCCGCCGAUCAUGGAUUACCACGCGGAAGACGCGGAUGGAGAUCUAUUGAUGAGCGACUACGAACUCUUGUUGGGCCGGGCCUACGUCCUACGCCUACGCUUGACUGGUCUUCGUCCCAUCCGGAGUCCGAGCGGGUCGUCCACCGGUGAGUCUGUGCCCAAGCGUCCGCAGCAUGCGCCGCCGAGGGCCGAGAGCUCGCUUGCGUCCCCGCCGUCCCAGUUCGAGUCGCUGCCGUCCGAGUUUCCGUCGGCUGAGGAGUCCGCCCGGGAUGCCCCGGCCAGAGGUGCAACUUCGGACCCUGUCCCGAGCAUAGUUGGCACCUCCGACCGGGCUUCCUACGGCGCGACGUCCGAGUCGUAUGUGUCCAGGAACACAACCUCGGACUCGUCGACCUCGACGCUCGGGUACAGCGCUGCGUCGCACAUGGCGAUGCCCCAGUUGGGAUCCUUGGCGAUGUCCGCCCGGGGUCCGGUUGGCGUGUCGGUCGGCGCUGGAGACGUGGGCUUCUACGUGACGCGCGAGGUGGUCCCCAAACGAGAGCCGAUCCCCGAUCAGGCUGAUGCCAACUUGGCACGCUUGGACGAGUGGCUCGGACUCGGAUGGAGAUGCUCGGCGUCGCCGCCGACGUUCCACCCGGAGGUCAUCACGAGACCGAUCCCCAUCCAGGCGCUCGAGUCGAUCCAGGCGCUCUCGGGGAUGGCGGAGAUGGCGGUGUCGACCUUCCACCAGGUCCAGCAGCUUGGUGCCGAGCUGUCGAAGCUUCGCGAAGCUGUGUCGACCGGGAAGGAUCCCAGCCGGGAUGCCGAAGCCGAGCUUGCUCUGGCCGAAGCCCAACGGGAGGCGCGCGAAGCCGAGCGCCGGGCCCAGGAGCUUGAGCGACACCUGCAUGAGGUCUAUGCCCAGGCGUCCCAGGCCGCCUCGCAGCCCCUGACGGCCGAGGCCGAUGUCGAAGCUGCUCGUCUUGCGGCCGCGCGGGCCGAGCGUGAGCGUGUGGAGGCAGCCGCCGCGGAAUACAUCCGCCGGCAGCUGGCUGAAGCCGACGCGAGGCACGCCGCCGAGAUGGCCGCCCGGGCCUGGCAGGCCCAGCAGGACCUGGCCGCGUUGGCAGCCAGGCUUUAG